AAACAGCAGCACCCUCCAGGCUUCACUUCAUUUGUGAGCUAUCCAACCAAGCAAGUGCAGGACAGAAAGGACCUGCUGCAAUGGCACGAUUAUACCAGCAGGGAGUACUGUUGCUCCAGUCUAUACUCCUCUUCUCAAGCACUUCUUCUGCCCUCGUACCAAACACAGAUAACUGCUGCAUCUUAGAUGAACGAUUUGGGGAAUAUUGUCCAACCACAUGUGGGGUUUCAGACUUCUUAACCAAAUACCACUCAGAAAUAGAUGUCCAGUUGGAGCACUAUGAAAGGCUUUUAGGCCAAGCACAUAACGAUACAAGUGAGACUAUUAUAAUUGUGAGAGACAUGGGAGGAACUGGCUCAAAGCCUGCAACAGGCCAACAAGUUUACGACCCUACUCAGAAGUCUAGAAGCAUGUUGGAUGAAAUUACCAGAUAUGAACAGACGGUUACAAAGAAUGAGCAAUAUAUACAAGAGCUGCAAGAAAUACUGAACUCAAAUACACAGAAAAUGUCAGUGCUGAAACAGAAGAUAUCGCAACUAGAAACACAAUGCCAGCAGCCAUGCAAAGACACUGUGCAAAUACAGGAACUAACAGGAAAAGAUUGUCAAGAAGUUGCUAACAAAGGAGCACGAGUAAGCGGCCUCUACUUCAUCAAACCUCUGAAAGCCAAGCAGCAGUUCCUGGUUUACUGUGAAAUUGAACCAUCCGGCAGUGCAUGGACUGUUUUACAAAGAAGACUUGAUGGCAGUGUGGACUUUAACAGGAACUGGAUCCAGUACAAGGAAGGAUUUGGAUAUUUGUCCCCAACCGACACCACAGAGUUUUGGCUGGGUAAUGAAAAGAUUCACCUAAUCACCACCCAGAGUACUAUUCCAUAUGUUCUACGGGUAGAGCUGGAGGACUGGAGCGGUCAGAAGAGCACAGCAGACUAUAACACAUUCAGAGUAAAUCCUGAAAAGGACAAUUACCGGUUGACCUAUGCUUACUUCCUUGGCGGUGAGGCUGGUGAUGCACUUGAUGGCUUUGAUUUUGGAGAUGAUCCCAGCGACAAGUUCUUUACCUCCCAUAAUGGCAUGCAAUUCAGUACCUUUGACAAAGACAAUGACAAAUAUAACGGAAACUGUGCUGAACAAGAUGGCUCUGGAUGGUGGAUGAACAGAUGUCAUGCCGGUCAUCUCAAUGGCAAAUAUUACCAAGGUGGUACUUAUUCUGAGGCUGAUCAUCCAGAUGGCUAUGACAAUGGUAUUAUUUGGGCAACAUGGCGCAGCCGAUGGUACUCAAUGAAGAAAGUAUCAAUGAAAGUCAUCCCUUUCAAUCGAUAUGGAACAGAAGAUGGACAGUUUCAGGAAACAAAGGGACAAAAGGGUGGAGACAUUUAAAUUGACAAAUUUAAAUAAAAGCACAAGAUUUUUGGGAUACGGAAUGUUGCAGAUCUUUGCAGUCUGUUAAAUUGCACUAUGUCCAGUAGAAAAAAAACCCACAUUAAAUAACAUUUAAAAAAAUUAAAAUAAAGUCUUUAUAUUUUGUUCCAAAA